CAUUUCCGUAAGGUACAGUCUAUGGUACAGUUAGGGUGGCUAGCCUAGUACAGUCGUACAGUUUCCCUUCUGUGAUAGCGUCAUCCUUUAUUCUACGCUUCGUCAGAGCGCGUGAUACUUCUAAAUGCAGUUAUGGUACUAUUUGCACAUGCGUUAUGCAAGCGCUUUGGCAGUGCGGGUUCUCCAGCGGCUUCAUGGAGGCAAGUGGCCCUGCAUAGUCUAUCUCGCGCGUGUGUUGGUUGUCGUCUGCUCUCAAGUUAUGGUAGGGGAACUUUGACGCACGUGGACGAACAAGGCGGUGCACGGAUGGUUGAUGUUGCGGAAAAACCGGAGUCAGUGCGGACAGCAACUGCAUCUGGGCGUGUUCUGCUAGGAAAGCACGUCUAUGAACUUGUGAAAUCCAACAAUAUGAAGAAAGGCGACGUUCUGACCGUUGCCCAGAUUGCGGGAAUCGCUGCAGCUAAACAGACAUCCCAGCUGAUUCCGCUGUGUCACCCAUUGGCCCUGACCAAAGUAGACGUGAAGUUGACACUUUUGGAAAACACCUACGAAGUGCUUGUCGAAAGUUAUGCCAAAUGCACGGGAAAAACUGGCGUCGAAAUGGAGGCACUGAGCGCCGUAACUGUCGCGGCUCUAACCGUCUACGAUAUGUGCAAAGCGGUCAGCCGAGAAUUGAAAAUAACUGAUGUUCAACUGAUCUCAAAGACUGGCGGGACGCGAGGAGACUACCAUCAUUGACAGCUCCUGUAUUUCGCCGUAAACAUAUAACUAUAACCGUUAUAUCCAUGAACAAGUUUGGGUGCCACCUACAUCUGUUGCGCCGUACCGUCGCGAUCAGUUCUUGCUUACGUUUCUUGCUCGUAAAAUAUUCCCGAAUUAUGCAAGGGUUGUCGGCUGCUCGUAGCUGCUAGCUUUUUUUUUUUCACUUAAUAAAGCAGAACCAAUUUUGA